UUGGCCAACAGAAAGCCUCCUUCCUGUCCACAAACAACCACUUCCUGUCCGUACACGACCCCUUCCUGUCCUGAAACGCUUCGUUCUCUCCCCCUCCAGGUUCUGUUCUACCUGGAGAAGACGGAGGAGAAAGCUCACUCUGAGGGCCAAACGGGGCAGAACUCCACGCAAAUCCGUAAGCUGCGUCGGGAGCUGGAUGCGUCUCAGGAGAAGGUUGCCACACUGACCUCCCAGCUCUCCGCCAACGCCCACCUGGUGGCAGCGUUCGAGAUGAGUCUGGGGAACAUGACGUGCCGCCUGCAGAGUCUCACCAUGACCGCCGAGCAGAAGGAAUCGGAGCUGGCUGAGUUGAGGGAGACCAUUGAGAUGUUGAAGACUCAGAACACCGACGCCCAGACCGCCAUCCAGGUGGCGCUGAACGGCCCGGACCACCUGAACAAAGACCUGCGCAUCAGGAGGCAGCACUCCUCUGAGAGCAUGUCCAGCAUCACCAGCGGGGCGAGCCACGCCAGCCUGGGCAGCCUGGGGAGGGACCCCGACGAGAAGAAGAGGAAGAAGAAGAGCUGGCUGCGGAGUUCCUUCAAACAGGCCUUCAGCAAGAAGAAGAGCCGCUCCUCCUCCUCCCACGAGGAGUCGGAGGAGAUGAGCGACUCCCUGCCCUCCUCCCCCAAGCUCCCCCAGCGUAACCACGGUGACCAGGCCGACCAGGGUAACCAUGGCAACCGCCUGGUCAGCCCCGCCGCCGCCACCGGGCUACGCUGUUCACCGUCCGGCACGGAAGGGAGGGGUUUCUCAGAGUUCACUCCUCCCCUUUGGAUCGCUAAGAAAAGUCAGACCGGUCAGGUGGUCUACAAGCACGGCUCCCGGCUGUACGAGUGCUCGGAGGCGGAGACGCAGGUGAUCCUGCAGCUGAAGAACGAGCUGCGGGAGAAGGAGCUGAAGCUGACGGACAUCCGGCUGGAGGCCCUGAGCUCCGCCCACCACCUGGACCAGAUCCGCGAGGCCAUGAACCGCAUGCAGAACGAGAUCGAGACGCUAAAGGCGGAGAACGACCGCCUCAAGUCCAGCGGGAACGCCACGCCCACGGCCACGCCCCUCAAGACGGCCCGCCCCCCCUCCGAGACCUCCAGCACCUCCUCCUCCUCCUCCCGCCAGUCGCUCGGCCUGUCACUCAACAACCUCAACAUCACCGACACCAUCAUGUCAGAUAUCCUCCUUGACGACGGCUACGAGGGCAACGUGCGUAAGGAGGGCCGCAGCGUGAGGAUCGUGGUCUCGGUCAACAGCCACGGCCACAACACAAAGGGCCUGAAAACCCAGGACUACCUGAUCGGGUCCAUCGGGGUCAGUGGGAAGACCAAGUGGGACGUCCUGGACGGGGUCAUCAGACGGCUCUUCAAGGAGUACGUGUUCCGGGUGGACCCGUUGACCAGCCUGGGUCUGGGGUCCGACAGCAUUUUGAGCUACAGGAUGGGGGAGGUGGUCCGAGGGCCGUCCUCCCAGCUCCCCGAGCUGCUUCCCUGCGCCUACCUGGUGGGCCACAACAACCUGAUCCAGGUCCAGCUCAAAGGAGUGAAGGAGAACAGCAUCGACAGCCUGGUGUUUGACACCCUGGUUCCCAAGGCGAUCAUCCAGCGGUACCUCAACCUGCUCUCGGAGCAUCGCCGCAUCAUCCUGUCUGGCCCCAGCGGCACCGGGAAGUCCUUCCUGGCCGCCAAGCUGGCCGCCUACAUCGUCGCCCAGACAGGAAGUGAGGUCACCGAGCACACGGUAGCCAGCUUCAACGUGGACCAGAAGUGCAGCAAGGACCUCCGUCAGUACCUCUCCACGCUGGCUGAGCGCUGUGCGUCGGAGCAGACGGACUCGGACCUCCCCACCGUGGUCGUCCUGGACAACCUGCACCACAUCGGCUCCCUCAGCGACAUCUUCAACGGCUUCCUCAACUGCAAGUACCACAAAUGCCCCUAUGUGAUCGGAACCAUGAACCAGGGCAUGUCCUGCUCUCCUAACCUGGGUCUCCACCACAACUUCAGGUGGGUGCUGUGUGCUAACCACACUGAGCCGGUGAAGGGCUUCCUGGGCCGCUUCUUGCGGCGGAAGCUGAUCGAGACGGAGAUCUCCAGGAACACGAGGAGCACGGAGCUCAUCAAGGUCGUGGAUUGGCUGCCCCGGGUCUGGCAGCACCUCAACGGCUUCCUGGAGGCCCACAGCUCCUCCGACAUCACCAUAGGUCCCCGUCUGCUGCUGUCCUGCCCCAUGGACGUGGCAGGCUCCAGGCUGUGGUUCACCGACCUGUGGAACUACUCCCUGGUGCCCUACCUGCUGGAGGCCGUCCGAGAGGGGCUGCAGCUGUACGGGAAGCGGGCGGCCUGGGAGGACCCGUCCAAGUGGGCCAACGAGACCUACCCUUGGAGCCCCGCCCCCCAGCCCCACGACAGCCAAUCGCUGCUGCUGCAGCUGCGGCCGGAGGACGUGGGCUACGACGGCUUCGGGGGCUCCAAGGACGGCUCCUCCCCCUCCUCCUCCUCCAAGCCCGUCUCCCAGAGCGACACCGAGGGCGACCCGCUGAUGAGCAUGUUGCUACGGCUACAGGAGGCGGCCAACUACUCCACUCAGAGCUGCGACAGCGACAGUGCCAGUCACCAUGACGACCAGCUGGACUCCUCGCUGGAGUCGGCGCUAUGAGGAGUUCUGAAUCCCGGAGCCAAAUCCGAAACACGGACCGAUUCCGGAACAUUCUGCCAGACCGGGUUCUGACGUGGACACACAGAGUCCUACUAUGACCCCAGACGUUACCUUAAAGUUUAUUAUAGUAUGACGACAACCACACACACACACACUCCUCAGAGUUACCUUAAAGUUUAUUAUAGUAUAAUACCAACCACACACACACACACACACAGUCCCUCAGAGGUUGGUAGCACAAAUCUUAUAAUUCCACGAGGGAUGGACUUUACGACCUGAGGGGGUGAUCAGCACUUUGACCGAUCAAUAAGAGUAUUAUCGUCUACACCCAGGGUGGGGGUCAGAUAAGGGGGUGUGGCCGGAAGGGGCGGGGCUUAAGGAUCUGAUGUUUACAGUAGACGCCUUGGUUUUCCUCAUUUGUUUACAGAGGUGCUAAUAAAUCACACACACUGACACACUAUCACUCACACACAUACAGAUCACACACAUACACGUGCACUCACCAAUGCACACACACAUGCUCUUACAAUCCCAAAUAUUCCUUUAUGUACUCGGACCACACACACACACCCCCUCCCAGGCCUUUAGAUCCAUGGUGCUGGUUCAGCGCCCAGGCCCUGUCCUGCCCGCGUGCCCACGAGUACAGUGUUGAUGCUCUCCAAACCACUACUGUGAAGUACAACGUGCCAAGGCUUUGAUUUACUGCCCAACCUGCACACACACACAAACAUACACAGACAUACAUGCAUGUACACACACAGACACAUGCAUGCACAGACACAUACACAACACGUGUGCACACACUCACACAGGAGCGUGCACAUGAGCGUCACCGGGACGUGUACAUGAACCCAGCGGCAGAAUUAGGUUUGGUUUGGCCGCCAGAAGUUCGUUUUCACUCCAAAUCAAACCUUCUAAAGUCCCACAGCUCUGGUGACACGCCACGGGGUUAGCACUGAGGGCUAACCAUAGCUUUGCAUUAGGAGUUAGCACUGAGGGCUAACCAAAGCUAAGCAUUAGCGGUGGCACACUUUCUCACUGCCUUAAGAAAGGCUUCCUCAACUCCCAUUGGCUACCUUGAGAGGAAGUGAGUGUACUACUUCCUGCUGUAUCUCCGGACAGACGCAGGGUGCGGGGCGUCUGGUGGAGGGUGUUCCCGCCAGGGGCUCAUGAUGUCACUUCCUGUGUUAUCUCCAUGGUCAGGUGUGGUUUCCACACGUGACCACUCUGACUCCAGAGCCGACAGUAAACACACGUCCUGGCGGGAGGGGAGGUGUUCUAUUGUUGACGUUAUAUCCAGAGGUUUUCUUUACAACGGCGUUAUAUCCAGAUGUUUUUUACGUUGACGUUAUUCCCGGACGAGCUGGGCUCACCUGGGAGGGACGCCGAGCAUGGUUUUAGCUUCCUGCGGUCAGUUGUGUGUGUGUGUGUGGGGGGGGGGGGGGGGGGGGGGGGGCACACAAGCCUCACUGCUACGUAAGGGCGUGUGGGACAGAAGCCAUUUUGAUUCGGGACGGUGUCUCUGUUUAAAUCGCUGGUUGGGGUUUUGCACAGUUAAACAUGGGGUGGGGCAGGGGGGGGUUGGUGUGUAAAUAGUUCCGUCUUGCACAGUGAAUCAAAGAUACUCUCUGGCCUGUGGAUGUUGCGUUAUGUUUACCCGAUGAAAAUACCGAUCAUGUUCAGAAAAACAAAGAGGAUUUAAAAAAAAUAAAGAAAUGCAAAAAAAACCCUCACGAGGCGGGGGUAUAUAUGUGAUGUGAUUGUUUUGUCUAUGCAGGAGACUCGCGGUGACCAGUGUGCGGCUGUCAUUUAACUCAGUACAACGACGACGCCACUAGAUCACCAUAAACCAACCCCGUUCUCUUUCUCUCGUCCAACACUUCUCUCCGUCUUUAGUACGAGCACUUCCCCUCCUCCCUGUUUAAAACCCAAGCUCUGUGGUGCCCAAGGGUUUGAGGCCUGGAAGGACCCACCGUGCCGGGCCUCAGGGUUUGGUUCUAGGCUGGAAGGACCAACCGUAGCCUGGCUUCAGGGUUUGGUCUGAGGUUCCCUGGCUUCAGGGUUUGGUCUGAGGUUCCCUGGCCUCAGGGUUUGGUUGGAGGCCUGGAAGGACACACCGUAACCUGGCCUCCGAUUCUUUCUCCGGUGCUAGGACGUCGGCAGCCAUCACAGCCUCAGGACAAUCUAAAGCCUACUGUACUACCUACACUCCAUCGCUGUGGUUACCUUGGUAACAACCUAGUGAGGUUUCUAAUCAAAACCUACCAUCUCUGGAAACCUGCUUCAAUGUCCUUAACCAACCACACUCCUGCUGGACCAUGUCCAUUUGGUCGAUACUAAAGUACUACGGUUUGAGAGAAAACAUUAAAAAAAAGUUAUAUCUAUCUAUCUAUAGAUGUAUAUAUAGAUAUACAUGCAUACACUUUUGGGGUGAGUGAAACAUUUGUCCUUUAAAUGUUUUAUACUUUGUACAUUUGUAUGUAACAUAUCAUGUAAAUAGAGAGAGGGAGAGACAGUGAUUUAACUCAUCUGGAGGAUUUUGUAGUCUUUGUAAAGCCCCAAUAAAUGGUAUUUGGUGUCAGCAAACUUCUACCCGUGUUUCUGUGCAUGGUUGUGAUUAUUGUUUGUACUAGAUUCUCAUUUUAAGGCCUAUACUGGGAAAUGUGAAAGUUUAAUUCAACAAGAAAGAGUUCAGCAAAACCACUUUCCUGAUCACCACUUUGAUUUAGAACUUUGACAAAGUAAAGAAAGGCUGGUGUACAGAAACCUGCUUUAACAGCUUUGCCACACUAUGUUAUCGCCUAACUUGUCCACACUAUCUCAUUCAUAUAGCAUUUUAGAUAUGAUAAGGAUUCUAAUCCUUAUCAUUAUUGCUGUAUUAAUUCAUCAUUAAUCAAGUAUGUCCCAGCUGUUUCUUUAUCAUCAUAUUGAUAUCAAUACAAUCUGAACACAUAAACAAUCUAUUAUUGGGAAGUUGAUGCGAGAGCUUUUACUUUGAAGUAUGCACCUAUGCUCUUCCGGAAGACCGCGGAUGCAGACCCGCGGACUGCAGACGGAACUCAAGCCGCAACUUUGUUAGCACUGGCGAUGAGCUGACGGUUAAACCCCGAGGAGCGGUGGCCCCGCUCCGAGGACCUGUGGCCCCGCUCCGAGGGCCGGUGGCUCUUCUCCCGCGGCACUCGUACUGGUUCGACAUGUGGCUCUUCGUUGCCUUCGACGCACUUUUUUUCCUCUUCAUGCUCUUCGUUGUUCCCUAGGAGGUCGUCCUCUUCAUAACAACCAGACACCAGUCGCAGACCCCCGCUGUGGACCGGUCGGAUCGAUACCAGAUUAUUGAAAGGUCCAAAGUCGGAUUCGUGGUUGCUUUGUUCAUUGAUCAGCAUGAACCAGGAACUUACUCGACCUAACAUCUAACAUGAAAAUUCCUCCAGCUCUUCUCGACAUGACCAUUAGCUUUAAUAAACGUAGCUUCACUGUGAUCACAUGACAUAGUAUUUAAAACGCACCAAAUGAUGAUUCCGUUUUAAGUUAACGGUGGCAUUGUUCCAAAUCUCGGCUCUGACCUGUGUCUGAUUAAACUGACAUGAGAUCUCCAGGAACCGCCUGGACAAGUCCACAUGAAGACCAAUAAAGCGUUUUUUUUAAACUAUCUUUGACCUUUGGGUUACUGUACAAAAUAACUAAAUGUUGUUUUUACAUUAAAUGAGUUGACUAUUGCCUGUUUUAGGAGGUAGUUAUGGAGUGACGGAAUAAAGAGGUACAUCCUAUCUGAGUGUAAUCUAGAAGAUGACCGCACUGUGGCGGUAGAGACCACUGUUCUCUCUUGGGUUAAUUAACUGUCGAUCAAUUACGACACACUUUUUCUGCACUUCACCUUUAUGUUGACCUGUCAACAUUAAUAACUUCAUUAACUCCUUCAAGAGAUUUCAGGCACAGUUGAAGGAACCUUGGUGUAAGGGUCAUGUUAUUGUAUCGUCUUUCAUUCAAAUGGAAACAAAUCUAACAAUAAAAAGUGGAUUUAUGAAAUCACGUCA